AUGGGGCUGCUCUGCUCUUUCCAGAGGUGCUUCAUCUGUGGCCAGAGUGGGGCCACCAUCGCCUGCUGUCAAACAGACUGUGACCUGAGCUUCCACCUGCCCUGUGUCACCCAGUUCAUGCCACCGUACAGGGCCUUCUGCCCCGCACACAGCCCAGAGCAGGCAGUGGAGGCGACUCCAGAGCCGGGCACCCAAUGCCUCAUCUGCUUGGAGCCUGUGGAGGACAGAAAGACCUUCAACACCCUGGUGUGCCCGGCCUGCAUGACCGCCUGGUUCCACAGGGACUGCGUCCAAGUAGGAGUGGUUCUGUCGCCCCGGGGGGCACAGCAGGGGCUCAGCAGCACCAGGGGUUCACUCUGGCUGCUUGUGUUUCUCCUGCAGGGACAGGCUCUGCGCUCUGGAUUUUUAUCCCUCCAGUGCCCCAUCUGCAGAAACAGGCACACUUUUCUCAGGGAUAUGGUCACCAUGGGGAUCCGAAUCCCCUUCAGGCCACCAUCAUGGGAGGGCAUUAAUGUAUUCACUGAGCUAGGAGAGAGACACAGGCACUGUGAUGCCCGUGAGUGCCUUUUUCCAGGAGGCAGGCAGGAGGCAGAGGAGGAGGGGCCCUGGGAAUUGCUCUGGUGCUCCUCCUGUGCUGCUGAGGGCACCCACAGACCCUGCUCUGGCCUGAGGGACAGCAUAACCAGCUGGGAAUGGGAUGGCCGUGCUGGUCUGGGCACAGCCCCCAUGGAAGAGCCUGAGCUUGACAGCCCCAGCCUGUCCACACAGUCAGGCUUGGAGCCUUCCCAUGAACCCAAGACCAUCAGCCCCAGCACUGGUAACCAGGUGCCAUCAGGGAUGUCUCCCAGUUCUCCAGCACCAGAGACCAGCAACCCCAGCACCACCCAACAGGCAACAUCGGAGCAGUCUCUGCAAUCUCCCUCACAGGAGAUGAGCAGCCCCAGCACUGAGAACCAGGUGACAUCAGACUCAUCCCACAGCAGCUCCUCAGAACCUGAGGACAGCACCUGCUCCAGCAGUCCUGGGCCUGACCUGACACAAAACUGCUCGUGCCAGCAACGUCGGACCCCAUUCCAUAUGGCCGGUCCUGGACUCCCCAUGACAGUAACUGCGAGUCACAUCGAGUUCUGAGAGGCAAAACCCAAGGGAGACACAGCAGCGAGGACAUCCCGAAGGCAAAACCACGCCCACCAGGAGUGUCAGACCCCAAAUCCACAGAGCCGGUCCCAAAGUCCCCAUGACAGGAGCCAUGAGCCAGCACCAAGUCCUGGGAGACGCAGGCCCAGGCAGACACAAACAGGGACAUCCUGCAAGCAAAAGCACUUCUGGCAGCAAUAUCAGACCCCCAAUACACAGAGCCAGUCCAGAAGUCAUCGUGACAGGAGCCGCGUGAGAUCACCAAGGGCUGGGAGGUGCAACAGCGGCCAGAAGCAUCGAGGACACCCCAAAGGCGAAACCAGUCCCGCCAGCAAUGUCGGACCCCAGAUGAAUGCAGCCAAUCUAGAAGUUGCCGUGACAGGAGCCGUGUGGCAGCCCCAAGUGCUGGGAGAUGCACCCCCAGCCAGGAAGCACGAAGGACAUCCCACACGUGAAACUGGUUCUGUCAGCAACGUAUCAAAUCCCUUUAUCAAAUCCCUUCAAUAAAUGUAUAGGACUGCUUUUUAAAAUAUUUUUAUGUAUUUGCAAAAUUAUGCAAGUGGCACUUUUGA